AUGCCUGCAAAGAGAAAGUACACCAAAAAGACUGCAGCUACUAGUCAGGAGGCUUUCAUCGAAGCCGAUCAAACUACAGAUUCGCAAGCUCGAGAGAUGCGCACGAAGGCUCAGGAUUCAGACCUCCUAGCUCAGGGGAACCCUCCAAGGGAUAUGCCCCCGGCUGCACAUCCCCAGGCGCCAGCUCAAACUCCCCGCUCUUCUGAGACGGAUGUUGGCGGAGCUAUUCAGUUGCUCACUCAGUUGGUAGCUGCUCAAGCCCACGGUCAGGGGUCAUCAGGGUUCAACUCUAGGACUCAGGAAUUUUUGCGCAUGAAGCCCAAAGAGUUCACAGGAACAAACCCAGAUGCAGACCCUCAGAAUUUUAUCGAUGAGUUGCAGAAGAUUUUCAGGGUCAUGCAAGCUACAAAUAGGGAAGCAGUGGAUUUUGGUACCUUCCAACUCAAGGAUGUAGCUCACUUAUGGUAUGAGUCAUGGGAGAUAUCCCGUGGUGAGGAUGCUUCUCACGCUACUUGGGAGGAGUUCGAGACCGCCUUCAUUGACCAUUUUCUGCCAAAGAAACCUAGAGAGGCUAAAGCCUGGGAAUUUGAGCAUUUGAGACAGGAUAGCGUGAGUGUGACCGACUAUUAUGUCAAGUUCUCAUCACUGGCCAGGUAUGCUCCUCACAUGGUCAAAGACAUAAGAGCCCGAGUCCGGCGGUUUGUGUUGGGACUCAGUCUAGAGCUUUACGGUCCUGCAAAGAUAGCGGCCCAGAACAAAGACAUGACCAUCACUAAGAUGUUGACUUUUGUGAAAGAGAGUGGAGAUGAUCUGAAAAUAGCAGAAGAGAGACAUAAAGAACAAGAUAGAGAGUUCGCAAAACGAGCCAAGUCCACAAGCCAUUUCAGUCAGGGAGGUGAUGGCAGACUAUUUCAGAAAGGUAAAUCAGCAGGACCUGCCCAUUCUGCAGCCAGUGCCCUAGUCUCGGAAUUCAGGAAUGAUCAGAAGAACAAGAAUUCUGGAGCAACAGGCUCCCAAUCUCAGUCCAGCAUGGGUAACAAGGGUUUUCAACACCCCGUCUAUAGUAAGUGCAACAAAAGGCAUCCGGGAGUGUGUCGUUUAGGUAUGAAUGGUUGCUUCGGAUGUGGGCAGCCAGGGAACUUCUUGAGAGACUGCCCAUCAGUGAAGCAGGGCAGUGUAGCACAGUCCACUAGUUUAGCGGCCCCUCGUGCUUCUCAGGCUCAGUCAGGGCGCGGUGCGGCUAAGUCUGGUAACACAGGCCACAUGUAUGCUUUAGCCGGUCGUCAGGACACAGAGGCUCGAGCAAACGUAGUUACAGGUAUUCUAUCAGUCAUCAAUUUCAGUGUUUUUUCCCUUAUAGACCCAGACUCUACUCUUUCUUUCGUAACCCCUUUCAUUGCUAAAAAGUUUGGGGUAGAACCCAAAAAGUUGCAUGAACCUUAUGAAGUGUCCACUUUAGUUGGAGAAUUAGUUUUAGCCAGAUGCAUCUAUAGGGGUUGUCCAAUCAGAAUUUAUCAUCAUCUCACCACAACAGAUCUAGCAAAACUAGAAAUGGUAAACUUUGAUGUAAUCAUGGGCAUGGAUUGGUUAGCAUCUUGUUAUGCCACAGUAGAUUGUAGAGCCAAAACAAUUCAGUUCAGAUUUCCUAAUGAACUAGUCUUAGAGUGGAGUGGUGAUUCAGUAACAACCAGGGGUAGAUUUAUUUCCUAUCUUAGAGCAAAAAAAAUGAUCUCCAAGGGGUAUAUUAAACACUUAAUCCGAGUCAGGGAUGCAGAUGCCCAGAUUCUAACUCUCCAGUCAGUACUAGUUGUCAGUGAGUUUCUAGAGGUCUUUCCAGAUGACCUACCCGGAUUCCCUCCCGAUAGGGAAAUUGACUUUGGGAUUGACCUGUUUCCUGGCACUAAGCCGAUAUCUAUUCCGCUGUAUAGAAUGGCCCCAGCAGAGUUAAAAGUCCAGUUAAAAGAUUCUUGA